UGUCAGUAUUUUGUUAUUUGCCAACAUUUAAAUUUAUUGACAGCUCAACUAUCGUGUGGCAACUUAUCGGCUAAACGCGUUUUUGGUAUUUUUUCUAUUUAUAUCGAUGGUUGGCAACUCACUAUUAAUGAACAUUUCCGCUUCCCAGGUCUGGCGCAAAUGUUACGAAUUCGGGAGCAUCACGGGCAUCUUCCAAACCGCUUGCUCAUCAUGGUCAGUAUUGCCGUCGCGGGAACUAUGUUUUUAUGCCCCCUAAUUUAGUAGGAGAGGCAUCAAUGACGACGUUUCCUGAGGCGGCUCUCGAAGGCUACGCAUCACGUUCGGCCUGUAUGCACGCUUUAUUGGGCGGCCGCAGCUGUACGUUAUUUAAACUCCAUAGGAUUGGAUGGCCUGAAUGCCACGUAGGCGAUAACAGCAUGCUGGAUGGAGCCCACUCAGAGCUGUUGGGCCAUUAUAUACCCCGCUUGGUUGGGCGAUGCCGAAGCCGUCGCUCACCCCAGAUUUAGUACAUGGCUCAUGGACCGUCUGGGCGUAUUAUCUUCUUGAGUUGGAUAGCCUGGAUAACAGGCCGGAGACGAUACAGGAAUGCUGGAUGGAGCCCUCUCAGAGCUGCCGAUCUAUUAUCGACUCAAAGCCGUCGCUCAUUCCAAGUUAAGCACAUCAUCCGGCAGGCCGUCGUGGAGCACCACGUGGAAGCGUCGUGGAUUGGAGCAUCUGGCAGCGCCUCUCAAACGCCAUAUAAUUUGCAGGUCAGCUGGCUCAAGCGGUCGCAAAAACGCAUCAUGUCGGCUUCUCAGUGUUGGAUGGCCUGAUUAACAGGCCAAAGGCCAUACAGGAUGCUGGAUGGAGCCCACUACAGUGCCCAGAUUCAGUAGGUGGCUCAGUAAACCGUCUGAGCGUAUCGUAUUCUUG